AUGGUCAGUGGUCAUACCGCCGUGCUGUUUCUCUUCUCAUAUCGUUGUGUCCAGUCUGAAGUGCUUCCAACGCGUCUCUUCGAGCUCAAACCGCCUUUUACACCAAAGGACGGCAAACUAUACUACGGAGUCCUGCACAAGGACGCCAGAAACUUGCCCCAACCCUUGAGCUACUGCACUGUGAGCUUCGUCUGGGGAGAAAGUCCGUCACCAGUCGAUGUCGAAUCGGUGCCUUGGCCAGUACCAAUCUCCUCGCAGGCAAAGCUCGACUUCAUACUAGAGAGUUGCUCGAACCAAGGCUUCAAGUAUGUAUGGCUUGAUAUUCUGUGCAUCAACCAGAGGCGGGAUGAUGAAGCAGCGCACAAAGAUCAAGCAGCGGAAAUACCAAAGAUGGAGACAUACUAUGCCAAUUCGACAGCAACAAUUGUCUUCGGACUGAACUACGAGAAUUUUGCUAUCAAUUGGUCAAAGGUGGCUUCCGUUGUCGACAUCUGGUUAGCCGACCGAGAUGGCAAGUCUCUGGAGACCCGCGACGCUGUCUGGGAGGGACUAGCAGGCAUCGAUGAUGUCAUGCAAGAUAGCUGGUUCUGGCGAGUUUGGACUUUACAAGAAGCUGUCGUCCCUAUUGUUUCCUCCCGACGUCUCGUCACCUCGUCCGGCACCGACAUGGCACUCGAUAUCCUUGCCGACUUGAUCGAUUGGAUUAACUCUCAACUAUCCAUGGGGACCCUAGAUGGGGAAACCCCGUAUGAUUGGGUUCAUCCUGGUGAAGGGGUUGUCGUCGAUCGUGACUGGUGGAACAAUACCGAAUAUCUCAAGGAGGCCCUAAAUUACAAGAGUGUUCCAAUACAUCCACUGUCUGUUCUGAAUAUCACCCGUGAGAGGGGAUGUGCUAGGGCAGUGGAUCGACUCCGAGGAGCCUAUGCGAUUCUCGACAAUGGUUGGCAUAUCGACGCUCUAGAGGCGGAGAAAGAAGCGAGUAGAGAUACAGACCUCAGUAUGGCAGAGCACUAUGAAAGGAUAUACCAUGUCACAUGGCAAAUGACCGUGGAUAAAUAUAUCAAACAGAAGAUCCCCGAUUGCGUUCCUCUGGUCUCAAUGAGGAUUACACAAUUUCCUAGUCGAACGUGGGAUUGCACACCCUGGCUGCCGGAAUCAAUUACAAACCCCGAAGAUGGAACGUGGAACCCAGCUCGAUGGCUCAAGUGGAAAGAUAUUACGGAAUCCACGAAUGAUGAUUGGGGAAUUGAUGAGAUACAGUCGGGACAUGGGGAGAUACAGAUGGAAUACGGGCGUUAUAUCAAUGAAACUGCUGAACUGGUGCUUGAUGAUGGACCUACGAAAGGCUCACUUCGUCUGAAGGCUUCAGCUAUCGAGAGAAUCGCCGAGGUCGAAUAUGGUGCAUCAUUUGGUGACGGUAGUGGCGAACUUUCGAGGAUGUUUUAUUACAUCAUCCAGCUUCAGAGAGACUAUGACAUCUCGGCAAUUGUCGUUCUACUCUUACGUGCAGCGGAACAUACCCUGCGCCAUCGUGUGCAAGGGGAAGAAGAGGACAAAUAUUUCACCUCAGCUAAGACCGCCCUCGGAAAUGGAGACCAUCGCCGUGCUCUGGAGUAUUUGUGCUUCCUCCAACUCCGAGAUGGGAAUGCAUUUAGCACCGGAUUUCGUGAAGUGUUCAACGGGUGGGACCGGUGGAUUGUGACGACGGAGGAUGACCGAUCCUAUCUUGCCUGGUUCCCUUGGAGAGACAAUACUGAUAGGCUGAGCAAGUGCCACCUUAUAUGGACCUGUCCAGGACACAAUGAAUGGGCAUUACUCGGUGAGCCUACUUCAGAAGCUGGUCAAUAUAGGAAGGUGGGUGUCGUUUUCGUGGACUCGUCAAACGACAAAGAUGGAGCUUUGGUGACGAUACUGUAA